GAGCCAUCCAAUACAAAAGCUUCCCUCCCAUAAUUGUAAAACCACACUACACGCUUUCUUGCCUCCCUAACGCGAUACGACUCCACGCGUGAAGACCUCAACAACCAUCAGAGCAAUCCUAUUCCUCUCGACCACAUACACACUCAAGAUGUUGCUCAUCCUCCCAUCUGCACUGCUUGCAUACCUCGCUAUCACUGCGCAAGCGCUACCAAGACCGCAACCCGCAGCAACCUACUCUGUGGUGGAUGUCGAUGGUGGCUCCGCAGACGGAGCAUCAGCGGGCUCGCCCACAACUGUGUAUCAAACUGUCACUGCAUCGCCCGCAGCACAACCAACAAUAGAGAACACCGUGACCGUAGUACAAACGCCAAGCACCGCACCGGCAAGCCUCAUGGUAUCAACAAUGGUAACGCCGACUACAAUCACCGUCGCGACACCUGUGAGCAGUGUCGAAACAACCUUCAUCACACAGCAGACCACAGCGACCAUCGUGAUGGCUAGCGAGGGGCCAGGCUCUACCGUGACUGUCGAGGCUGCUGCAUCCGUGGUAACGAUUACACCAUCUCUGGUCUUGAGCACUCAGCCAGCUACUACACAAAUCAUCAACCAGCCAGCUGUGGAAUUCACGGUGACACCGAUCGCUAGCACCACCGAGCUGCCCGUGCAGACUUCGACAUCCUACGAUGAUGGCAUGUGGCACACCUCUUAUCCAAUAAGGCCUGCCUUCACUGGUGGUGCGUACCGGAACGCAACGAACUCUGCGUGAAUGUGAGACAAACGAACAGUAAGGAUGACGAGCAUGAGCAUUUGAAUGUAUGAUGAGCGUUGAAGCAUGGUGUAUGAGGUAUCGAUAAUGGGAUUGAUGAGGGAAGCGAGGUCUCCACGACAGCGUUCGACGAGUAUCAUACGACCGCUCCGCUAGUGCAGCACAUGGGCAGAGUCUAUAAAUGGUAGUAAUGCAUAUAGAGCAUAAAGCAAUGAUUAGCGACGUUUAGAAUCGUCAUAUUCGAGCAGUG